CCCAUCUCCCUUUAAAUCAAACAAAAUGUGGCGUAACUCAAAAGUGACCCGGUAUCUGUCCAGGAUCAUUACGCGCCACGCUUCGAGUGACAUAAACAGCAGCGUAGCAGCGGCUUAUGCCAAAGGAGACACACGACUUGACCCCGUUAACGUGAUGCCAAAGUCUAAGUACGGCGGUAUCAAUACUGUCUCCUUGCUCACUGGCAGCACUAUGAUUGGCGAACAGGGAGCUCGUUUCGUUAAGUCACUGCUGCAGAGCAGCCGAGUGCCUGUGGAGGUGCAAGUAAUCGAAGCGGGCCAGGAUGAUGAGUACUUCAACUCGGUGCUCCGGAAUAGAACCGCGGUGCAUGUGGACAACCAGGCUGAUGAGCAAUCCAAGCAGAAGGCCCUCAAGAUCUGUAACGAUUUGGACUUGUACGUGUUGAAGACCCGGACACGCAGUUUUCCAGGUUUCAAGUGCCGCUUUCCGGGCGUAGACAUUCUGAUGAUUGGCCAAAACAACAUGGGCAUUUACAAUGAACUAGAAUAUUCACCCGUUAAGGGUGUUGUGGAGGCCCUAUCAGUCGUUAGCCAAAAGUCCAUUGAUAAGUACCUAAACUAUGCCUUUAAGGCGGCUGUUGCAGCGGGUCGAAAACGGGUGACUUUGAUUAACAAGGCCAAGGAGUGGCCCAUUGUUGAUGGUUCCAUGGUGGCAGCUGCCAAACGAAUGCACUGUCCCUAUAAGGAAUGCCUGGAGCUGGAGUUCAUGGAAUUGGAUGAUGCCGUCAGUCGGCUUGUAACGGAUCCCAUAUACUUUGACUGUCUUUUUGCCAGCGAUCGCUAUGCCACAUUUCUCUCGUCGAUCUGCAGUGCCGUUUGUGGCGGAUCUAAUCUUUUCAGUGCCGUGGAAAUCGGAGAUACCCAUGCCGUAUUCAAGCCGCUACAAACAAAGCUUUCGCUGACCAACUAUGCCACACUAAGUGCUUAUGGCAUCGUAUCCACCAUCGUAGAUCUCUUCGAACAUUUGGGCCACAAAAAGUGCUCGGAUGCCUUGUGGUGCGAGAUGCUGCGUACCAUGGACGAAGGUAUCCGGACUAAGGAGUUCGGUGGGAAGGACACCGGCGAGUACGUUAUCUGCAACAUUAUCAACCAGCUGCGUUGCCAAGGCUACAAUCAAAGUAAAUAAAUUUCUUGUAAAUUAUU